GUUUAAGAACCUGAAGCUCGGUUCAAUCGGCAGCGAUGCGGUAGCGUCGGCCGCAGAUGGCUCCAACGCAGCGUACGAACGAUUUGAAUGUUCCACCUCACGCUGAAAUUUCCACCCAUUUCUCUCAUCCCGCUGCAGAUAUGCCCUCCAGACGCUCUUCUCGCCAACGGACGUUAUUCCGAGCCAACUCGAGUUUGAAAGCUCCUCGCGUUGAGAGCACAUUCCCUUCAGCAGAUUUUGAAUUUUUUUAAAUAAUGUGUCCUGAUUUCACUUGAACGAUUUUUGAACAUUGUGUCUUUAUUUGACUUGAGCGAACGUAUGAAAGGGACACGUACCACAUCAGAGUACCGGGCUCCGAUGAUUCUGGAGUCUGACUCCCUUCUCUAGCGCAAGCUUCGUGUGAAGUGUGAAGACUCCACUUCCAGUUCAGGUGAUGUUUUACUAUCCAGAGAUUAUCAUAAUUUGCUCAAUUUUGCGCAGGUGCAGUUUGGGAUGGCAUCUGAGUAUGAGCCUCUCAAUAAAAGAUAAGCUUGGAAUGGAACAAUUCGGGUACGUGGAUCUGCUCACUUUAGGGGCCACGCAAACGAGUCCAAUCGUGGCCACAACUGCAGUAAAUUGUUGGUCUCAGUUCAGGUCGGAUAAUUCAUGAUCCUGCAGCCCGGAUACAUGCGAUAUGACAACUGCGCUUUAAGUUGUGGAAAAAUCUCACCGCGAAUCGCGAGAAAAUUCUUUGAAUCCGUCCACUUCAUUCGCAUGAACGCCUUCCAGCAUAGUUGCUACAUCUGUUUCACAGUCCACAGGUCUCGUCCAUAUAUCUCUGAUGAAAGUCGGCAGACUGAUUUUGUGACCUUCUCAUCGGGGACAUUGGCGGAUCCUGCUAGAGUGAGAAUUAUGUAUGGCAAGGCCCUCGCUGUCGAGCAUGUUGGAUCGGAAGCCCACACCUGGGACUUGGGUGCUUUUACUGCAGGUGGUCAGAUCCGCUUACAUACAGAGCUCAUCUUCAAUAGUAGGAACUUGAUUACAACUCUGCGGCUGUUGCUUAGCCGGAGGUCUACUGAAAUGCCCGUUCAGUGCUCGUAAGGUUAUGACUCGAAUUGAUUCCUUUCAUAAUGUUUAUUUUUGAGUCCAGUCGAGUAUCGUCCAUUGAUGGAAGCGUUCAGGAUCUUACUAUACAGCAUUCAAACCUCGAGAUGAUCAUAGUUUACAGAGUAGUAGUUACAGAAUCAACAAAUUGACACGCUCCUGCUCGCCGCUGGUUCUGCAACUUCCUGUCUCACUAAUCAUUUUUGGCGCAAACUUCGACUACACAGUUCUGAUCAACUGCGCAUCAACCUUCCAACACUUGAGUUACCCAUUUGAAGCUUCAAACGUAGGAUACGAUUUGGUCGUGAAGAUACGAUAGACACGACAUUGAGUGAACUUUACAGUGACUACCAGAAGUAUCGGCUGAAAUCGCACCUUCAUCCGAAGCCAAUUUAGUCGAGUAAGCAAAUCUUUGGUUUCAUGCAUGCAUUGCAAUAGGAGAUGAGUUCCAAUAGAUAUGGAGGUAUUUGAUCUGGGGUUGACUCAUUGCAGAGUCAAAGUUGGGCGUGUUGUGAUUGAAGUUUUCAAUGUAGUAAGAA